AUGGGAAACACUUGCCUUCAUCCUCGACCCGAAGAACAUGACGCCAAGCGUCCACAACAACACAAGAACAACGACGGAGCGCCUCCUCUCUCCAUUCCACUCAAUAAUAUCAUCACGGUCGAUAGCGAGUCGGUUGUCUCGGAUCCAAGUCAAACAGCUCCCAAUUCACCUUCUCUUUCAAGAAAGAUAUUGGGCUCGAAACUCAUGAUCAAACUCGCUUCCUCGAAUCGAAAUCUCUCUAAAAUAAGUAUCGAGAAAACAAGAUCUCCCAAUUCACCCUCGUCGUCGUCAAACAAUGGUGAAGUUUCACCGAUUCCAUCCGCCAGCAGUGUGGUCAAUCGUGUGAAUCGAUCGGUCAGCGCACAAGUGGGAGGCUCCGGCACGAAUGGACACUAUCACUUGGCCGAUGUGUUGUUUGAUCCUGUUGGAUUUGAAUUUCUCUAUAAAUUCUCAAAGAAGGAAUUUUCUCAUGAGAAUUUAGACCUAUUGAAGGUUCUUCUGACCAUUAAUUGUGAGGAGUUUGCAGCCAAAACAAAUUCAGUACAACACCUAAUUAAUAAUCAAAAAAGACAAUCCAUGAAAGUGUUAUCACAGCAAGACAAAGAGUUGGCAUUUAUUGAAGAAAUGAAAUCUGUGGAAGAGAGUUAUUUAAUUCCAGGAGCUGAAUUUGAAAUGAAUAUUGGUUUUUGUACAUUUGCAGUUUUAUCAAAAAAGAGAAGAGGCGGAUUGGAUGAAUUCGCAAACUAUUCGGGUAAUUCGCCACGAACGAUAGUUGGAAAGAGUAAUCAAGACUUGAGCAGUAUCAAUAAUAAGGACAUCCUGAGUGGCAGUAACUCUAACGGCAGUCCAACUGACCACAACAACAAUAACACUACCACAGAAAAUGCACCAAAAGUGACAAUAGAGGAUGUUGUGACAUCUCUGAAUCAACAAAAAGACCAACAAAAUGGUCACCACGUCAAUGAUGACACUUCCCAACAAAAUGGUCAUUCCUCAAUGACUGAAUCAAAGAUUAACAAUCCAGACAAAACAGAGACCCCAACGACUGGAGAUGAAAUUAAUGAAAAUGAUCAAAUUAAUCAAGCUCCACAAAAUGCUCCUCUCUCUGAAACUUCUAUUACUAUCAAGAUAGAUAGCCCUCCAGAAGAAUGCAACAAUAACGAUACACCUACACCAUCAACUCAAACAGAAGCAAUCAAGGAAAUCAACCCAUCAUCGAAUACUACUUUUAAUUUUUAUAGAGCUCUUCAUAAGGCUAUGCUUGACGAUUGUAUGGGAAAUCUGCAUGACGUGUUUGUAAGGUUCAUGGAUUCAAGGGAAUUUGAUCACUACUUGGAAACACGAUUGAAUAGCUCGAUAUCUAAUCCUUCUCAAGUCUUGAACGUUAAAUGA